AUGGGGAUAUCCCAUUGCUUAUUUAACGUGUCGAUUCGCAUGCUCUCCAAACUACUAGUUCUGCUGCUGUUUCAUCUUUUGGCUGCUAACUUUGUAUACUCCUUGCAGCAGCCCUCUUGCCAUUAUGAGGAGCGCUCUGCCUUGCUGCAGUUCAAGGAGAGCUUUAUUAUUGACAAAUCUGCUUCACGUUAUGACGGUGCUUAUCCAAAGGUUUCAUCAUGGAAACCAGCUGGAGGAGGAAAUAGCAGUUGCUGCUCGUGGGAUGGGGUGGAGUGUGACGAGAAGACGGGUCAUGUUAUUGGCCUUAAUCUUAGCAGCAGUUAUCUCUACGGUUCUUUCGACUCCAAUAGUAGCCUGUUCAACCUGGUGCAUCUUCAAAGGUUAAGCCUCUCUGACAAUAACUUCAAUUACUCUCAAAUUCCAUCUAGCAUAAGAAAUUUUCCAAGCCUAACUCAUCUUGACCUCUCUGCCUCUGUCUUUUCUGGUCAAGUCCCAUCUGAAGUCUCACACUUGUCCAAGUUGACAUACCUUGAUCUGUGUUGCAAUAUUAUUGAAAUUGAAACAUCUCCUGAUGAUCCUCAGCGAUUGUUGAAACUUCAACCAUCCGAUAUGAGAAGUCUAGUUCAAAAUUUAACUAGUCUUGAAACUCUUUCUCUUAGUUUCAUUAACAUAUCUUCGAUCAUACCCGUUUCCUUGACAAAUUUAUCAUUUUUGACAUCCCUUACCCUCAAGAAAUGUGAUCUGUUUGGUGAAUUCCCAGUGAGAAUUUUCAAUCUACAGAACUUAAAAGUUCUUAGUGUGAGAUACAACCAAGAUCUCACUGGAUAUUUUCCUGAAUUUAAUCGAAGUAGUCCUCUAAUCUUACUGAAAGUUGCUUAUACUAGGUUUUUCGGACAAAUACCUUCCUCGUUUGAAAAGCUUAUUUCAUUGCAAGAGUUGGAUGUAGCUCAAUGCAAUUUUUCAGAAGGGUUGGUUCCAUCUGCACUUGGUAAUCUUAGACAGCUCACUUAUCUAGACAUUUCAGCAAACAAAUUUGGAGGUCCAAUUCCUGAUUCCUUGGCCAACCUUACCCAAUUGACUGUGUUUAGGAUCAGUACAAGUUCUUUAACUGGUCCAAUUCCAUCUUGGCUGGGUAAUUUUAGCAAACUAGUUUACCUAGAUUUUGCUUUUAAUAGGUUGAUUGGUUCAAUUCCUGCCUCAUUUUCCAAUCUCAAGAACCUCGAGAUCCUUUAUCUACAUUCAAAUAACCUGAGUGGUGUAGUGGAGUUUCAAAUGUUUCAGAAGCUACAAAAUCUAUACCAACUCCAAUUGAAUCGGAACAAUUUGGAAUUUGUUACCGAAUCCAAUAUUAUUAUGAAUGCAACUCUUCCACAGUUUAGUAUUCUGGGUUUGAAUGAAUGCAACUUAAGAGAGUUCCCAUCUUUCUUAAGAUAUCAGACAAAUUUGGAGCGGUUGGAUCUGUCGAGAAACAAAAUCCAUGGCCAAGUACCGAACUGGAUGUGGAACAUAAGCAAGGAAACUCUCAUAUUCUUGGACAUAUCUGAAAAUUUCCUUUCAGAUGAACUUCCAGUUUUCAUACCCUGGGUUAACCUACUAUGCUUGAGGCUUUCGCUCAACAAUUUUUAUGGACGAUUACCGAUCCCUCCACCAUCCCUGCUAGAAUAUGGAGCUACCAACAACAAUUUUACUGGAGAAAUUUCACCAUUGCUUUGCAAUAUGAGUUCUCUUCGGUACCUUGACUUGUCAAAAAAUAAGUUGAGUGGCAUGCUUCCUCAGUGUCUCGGAAACUUUAGUGAUGGUCUAAUCCUUUUACUUCUUGGAAGCAACUCCUUUCAUGGUAUGAUGCCUCAAUCAUACAACAACAGAAGUAGUUUGAGGAUGAUUGAUGUUAGUCAUAACCAAUUGCAGGGGCAAUUACCAAAGUCGUGGGCGAAUUGUGUGAUGCUUGAGUAUCUGGUUCUGUCAAACAAUCAAUUCAGUGAUGUUUUUCCCAUUUGGUUGGGGACUCUUCCAGAGUUAAAACUUUUGGCAAUGCGCCAUAAUCGCUUCAAUGGUGUAAUAGGGCAGUCUAGAACAAAUGUUGACUUCCCCAAGUUACGCAUUCUUGAUUUGUCUUUCAACAAUUUCACAGGUGAGAUUCCACCUUUGUUUCCAGAUAUUACUGUAAACAAGUCAACAUAUAUGUCCAUAGACGUAGUCUAUCAAGUCAAUGGUUUUUAUAUUGUUCAGAGUGUUGCUUACUCAAUCACAAUAGCAAUUAAGGGUUUGGAUUUGUACUAUUCAAAGAUUCAAGAAGGCUUUGCAGCCAUUGAUAUCUCAAGCAACAAAUUUGAAGGGAAGAUUCCAGAGUUCAUUGGGAACCUUACUGAGAUUCGCUCGCUCAAUAUUUCCAACAACAUUCUCACUGGUUCCAUCCCAUCAUCCCUUGGCAAGUUAACGAAUCUUGAAUCUCUGGACCUUUCACAAAACAAGCUCUCAGGACAGAUCCCCCAACAACUGACGCAGCUUACAUUCCUUGGGAACUUUGAUGUGUCUCACAACAAUCUCACAGGUCCUAUACCGCAAGGAACCCAACUUACUUCAUUCAACAGCACUUCAUAUGAGGGAAACCCAGGAUUGUGUGGAGAUCCAUUACCAAAUAAAUGUGGAAAUCAAGAGGCCCCUCAACAGCCAUUUUCAACUGAAGAAGACAGUGAUUCAGGCUCAUCUCAAACUCUUGAAUUUGAUUUGAUAUUUGGUUUGGCUGGAGUUGGAAGUGGGUUGGUAGUGGGAGUGGUUCUUGCGGAUAUCGUGAUCACAAGAAGGCAGGAGUUGUUUCUUAAGAUUGUUGGAAUGGUCAGGCUAAUGAUAUGGAAAAGGUAA